CAAAUUAUUUUUACAUUGUCUCGAGGUACUCAACUUCAGCAGCGCAUACCUCCAAAGCUAUGAUACUUUGAUCAAAACUGAUUUUACAAUUCGAAAGGGCAUUGCAUUUUGAACUUUUUAAGUAUUUUGACAUUUUCGAAAGCUGAAAGUUGGACUUUCAAAUUGAAAGUUCAAAUUUCAAAAUGGCGCUGCAUAAGUGGAAGCUACCAUUUAGAAUUUUGAAAAAAUGUCCAUGGAUGUGCUUUUUGAUGCUUUUUCGAAAUGCUAAAUUUUCGAGAUGGGAUCUUUUAAUGGAAGAGGAGCACCGAGCACUCCCUCCCUCAAAUUUGGGUGAAACUUAAAAAAAAUCUGGGGCAUGUGAUAUAUCGAAUUGUAUGUUUUUGGUGACGCUGAACACAAAUAUGACGUUAGAUUUUUGAUUGGAACCCAUCAACGGCCCCCAGCACCUCCCCAAAGGGGGUAACAGCCGGAAAAAUGGUUUCAUUCGUGUAACGCAUGAAAUAAUAAUGUUUUUUCGAUAUCGCUGAACACGAAUAUAGCCUUAGUUUUUCAAAUUGACCUCACCCAUGGCCACCAGAACUUCCCCCAAUGGGUUAAAGCCCAAAAAAAAUUGUUGGGAGUCGUGUAUGGGUUCCAAUCAAAAAUCUGACGUUAUAUUCGUGUUUAGCGUCACCAAAAACAUACUAUUUCAUGUGUCACACGAACAAAACACUUUUUUGAACUUUCACCCCACGUGGGGAGGUGCUGGAGGCCGUAGAUGGGGUCCAAUCAAAAAUCUGACCUCAUAUUCAUGUUCAGGAUCAACAAAAACAUACAACUCGAUAUAUCACAUGCCCCAGUUUUUUUUUGAAAGUUUUACCCAAAUUGGGGGGGGGGUGGUCUGCAUGAUGAAAACAGUGGAAAUCAUCCCCUUUCUCAAAAAAAGAAAAAAAGGAAUAAAUAUUUUUACUUAAAAAAAAUCCAAUCUUGGAUUUGGUUCAUCUUUAUAUUCUUUAUAAGAAAAUCAUUACCUACCUGCGUAUUUAAUGCUUUCGAUUUGCCCUCCUCCCCACUUCCACGAUGAAGAUUUUUUCAUGUCAUUUUCGUAAAUGUUGAAGUGAUACUAACGUUAUCUCAAAUAAACUUUUCGCCCCAAAUUAUUACGAUAUCGUUGAUUUCAAGACUGAUGCACUUUUUCCUCGUGAAUCUUAGAAUAGACUAACUUACGCUAGUUGCAAACUAAUUCGCCAGAGGGCAUACUUUUGCUUUUAUUGGCGAAUGCAAGCACGAGUAGCCGAGUAGGUCGACGCGACUUGCAGACUUUCAGAUCAGAACUUACGUUGCAUUGUUUGUAAAAACUAAACAUUAAAAACGAAAAAAAAAAGGUCCCUUGCAUUAGUGCGAAUCGCGAAUUUAUUCUUUUCUCGUGAAUUGGCAUCGAUACAAAUUUCUGCGCGGCGUAUGUUCGUACUUUGUUCUUGUAUGAGAGAAGGAGGGGGGACGAAAAAGCAAAUAAAAAAAUAAUAAACGAAGAAAAUAGGCGACCGGAGAAAGAGAAAGGGAAAGAAAUUGGACGUCAGCGCCCAGCGCCGCGCUACAUUUACCAUUCCACCUUCAUCACCGCGAUCGUCUUCAUCGUGAUUAGCAGCAGUGGCGCGGCGCCGGCAAAUACUCGCAGUAGUUCAAGUCGUACAUAAAAAUAGAUCGCAAUGCUUCAACGUUGGCUGCUAAAGCACAAUCAUACCUAUUUUGGUACGAACCGUACUCGACAUUCGUUUAGUUUCAUCAAUCUGUAUUAUAAGAAACGUCGACGACUACUACGACGACUACGACGUCAACGUCGCGACACACAGCAGCGACAACGUUUAUUUACGAUUACGUACCUACGACCAGGACUCUGCGACUGCGACGAGUACUUUACGUCGCAGAAUUCGACAAUCGUCGUUUAUUCGCAUAUUAAUUGUAGUAAGUAGGUAGUGAUAAUAGGUAUCCGAAUCGCCGAAUUGAUUCGUCGCCGUGGUCGCGUUCUUCUCGCUUUUGUCGGUCAGUGUACUGUACAUAUUCGCAUGUCGCACCCUCCACCACAAAUGUCGCUUCGUCUUCUUCGACUCCUUUAUAUGCGUUGUGUUUGAUCGCCGUCAUCGCCGCUGCAGUUGAAAUAGUUGUAUUUUAAGCUAUCGUUAAUUUGCGAAGUUUCAAAUUGUGAUUUAUUUUCGAUUUUACCUUCUGAUUUGGUUUGGUUUGGACCUCGGACUGUCGCGAAUCGAUGUAUCUAUCGUAAUAGCAAUCGCAAUAACAAACGAUCAGAUCACACUCAAGCACAGUUAUGCUUCUGCGUCUUCGCACCUAUACCUAGGAACAUAAUCGCUCAUGAAAUCGGUAAUACUUCCAGCCAUAUCUUACAGCUUGCGGUGCUUUGUUUUUUUACAAACUGGUGACAAGUGAUUUCCAUUACCGUCGUCGCCUACAACGCAGCAAAAACCGUCAAAUAACGCGAUCGAAUCGGUAGAAGUAAAGGAAAAGUGCUGGUUCUUGGUCGUAGCAGCAGCAGCUGAAAUCCAACAUCGAUUACGCGAAUCAACGUUCACGAGAGCUUCGCAGGGACAUCAUCCGUAAGACCGUCACGUAACGCUAUGGCAACCACCGAUCCUGAUUCCGCCACUCAAAGGUGUUCAGAACCGAUGCAAGCGCCCACUGUUUCAGCCGCCGUCGCCGCCACCACCGAUCCGCAUUCGUAUACGCGAAAUCACGGCGAUCACAGCGGCGUGCCACUCGCUACGAUAUUACCGCAGCUGCAAUCGCAGUCGCAGCCGCAGUCACAAAGCGUACGAUGCGGCGAAAAUGUGACCACCGCCAUCGAAGACUCGGGAACCGAAUCCGGAGAAGACUUACGGCUGCUGAAUCCGCAGCUUCUGGACGAGGUGCGGGGAGCUUUGAACAAAUUAGAAAACGCAUUACCGGCGCUGGAUGCGGCCCGACGUACAUCUAUAAUUCCACUGGUUAAUAAACUGCAGUCUUGUUUGAAAGUAUCAGGUGGCGCCGGUGGAGGCGAAACGAGCAGCGCUAGCGCCGGCACCAGCCCUGUUCCGCAACAGUUGCUGUCCCCUAAACCAGCCACCAACGCCGGAACCGUUUCGGGGCGAAAUCGUAAAGCCAGACACACCAUCGGAGUCAGUCGAGAAGAACUGGACGACGCUCGUAAAUGGCUAGCAGUCGCUCAAAACGUUACAAAUCAAUUGGAUAACGAUAACGAUGAAGACGCUGCCGCCACAGCUACGUCAAGUUGCACACCGACGCCGUCACCAGCACCGGCGUCCAAGCCUAUGAAAUUCGAUUCGCCGAAUAGCACCAGUAAGGGGUAUAAACCGGUGAAAUUUACGCCGAUAACAAUGCAAUCGCCUGCAUCUGAUGCGCACCAGGUCAACGAAACGUUGACUAAAUCGAAAUCGAAAACGCAGCCGCAGCCUUCGUCAGCUCCUUUGUAUUGCACCAGCGACGAAGGCGACGUCUCCAGCGCAGGAGAGGAAACAAACGUAACCACUCCGGCAGCUACGAAUGCACCACCUUGGUUAUGCCAAUCGGCCAAUGAGCCUUUGUCGUCGUUCAAGAAAAUGACGCCGUCUCGUUUUCAGCGUAAGAACAGCAAAAGCACUCGUAUGAAACGGGCCAAUACCAUCGAUGUGCCGAAUCCGAGUGAUUCUUGGGCUUGGGGCGACGAUCAUCAAAAACGUUAUCACAACGACGCAGCUAUCAAGGUAACCACAGUGGCACCGGUGGUGGCAGCCGUCGGUGGCUGCCAACCUGUACCACCUACGCUGCAAUUGAAAACCGAAAACGAUAAAAAAUUCGCCGCAUUUCUACAGCAAACCAAACAAGAGGAGUCGCAGUCUCAUUCCAAAACGGUGGCGUACAAUCCAUCCGCAGCAGGUGGACUCCAGUGGAGCGCUCGUUUUUCCAACAUUAAGACUGCUUUUGAAAGCACCGAUUCGCCUACAACGCCUACGCCGACUCCGACACCAGCGUCAGCGGCAGCGGCAGCGUCUACAGUGGCCAAACCGAGUGCGUCUUUUUUCGAACCCAUACAUCGACCAACAUCUGCCACGUUACCACGUCACAGCUUUACUCAUGCUCAAAAGUCACCCUUCAAACCAGUCACGAAGGUGGCCCCAUUUCAUAUGCAUGCCCCAUCGUCACCCAUCGUAGUGGACUCGGCUGUUGCCCCCAGCAAGCCGAAAUCGUCGGCCUUUAAAAUGGGAUCAACGACUGCCCCAAGUGCUGACCAACCAGUUCAUGCUCCUAAGACAUACUACCCACCAGCGACAGCCUCUGAUGGCAAAAUCAGCCACUCUCAACGGUAUCCGGCCGACCGACAGCAUCAUCAUCCCCAUCAGCCUCAUUAUCCUCAUCCUCAACAUCUUCACUAUCCUCAUCCUCAUCAUCAGCAACAGCAGCAACCACACCAACAACACCAGCACCGACUUCCAUUUGGAGAUCCCCACAGCAAUGACAAUUCGCGCAAAAAACCGCUGACACCCAGCAUGUAUUACCCGAAACCCGAUUACUUCUUGAACGAGCCUAGUUCUUACAUUUCACAAAGCAACUGCAGCGGCAGCUCCAGUCAACCAUGCUCGCCUCGUCCCGCAUUUUUUGUAACUUCACCACCCAUUGAUUCCUUCAAUGUCUGCACUUCCAUUCCUUCGGCAUAUGGUGACCCCAACGCCGUUUACAGGUCUUUACCAACGUCACCAAAUAACGACAUGGUCGUUCAAACUCACCCAUCCACAACAGCAGAAAUGCAGCGUUUGCAUCAGAAUCAGAGUCAAAGUCAGAAUCGCGAUAUUCAUGCAUCAAUGGAAAUGCAAACGCAAACGCUGCCGCUACAGCAGCAGUGGAAUAAAUUCCGACAAACAGAUAAUUAUUCGGAAGAAUGCGCACCUGUUGCCAAAAUCAUGGGAAAACCUCAGCAGUCUGUAGCGACCGUAGUCAACAGUAAAACAACUUACCAUCAGCAGCAGCAGCCACAGCAGCACCAACAACAAAAGCAUCAGCAGCACCAACAACAACAGCCACUGCAGCACCAACAGCAGCACCAGCAACAAAAGCAUCAGCAUCAGCAGCACCAACAACAACAGCAACUGCAUCACCAACAGCAGCAACACCAACACCAACAAAAGUAUCAGCAGCAGCAGCAACAAAAGCAUCAGCAUCAGCAGCACCAACGACAACAGCAACUGCAGCACCAACAACAACAGCAACUGCAGCACCAACAGCAGCACCAACAAAAGUAUCAGCAGCAGCAGCAGCAUCAAAAGCAUCAGCAUCAGCAGCACCAACAACAACAGCAACUGCAGCACCAACAGCAUCAGCAGCAUCAACAGCAACAAAAUCAGCAUCAGCAGCAACGCCAACAACAACAGCAGCAACAUCACCAGUCCUCCAUACUAAAUACAUAUCAAAAAUUAGCGGAAAAAUCGCCCAGUUUGCAGAAUUUCACAAAAACCCAGCCAAAAACGUGGUCAUCCCAAAAAUCAUCUUCUUCGCCAUCGUUGCCAAAUGAGUCUCCGCAACCAUCCAAAAAACAAAUCAGAAUCGUAACGUUAAACGAAAGCGAAGAGAAUUUACCAGAGCAAUUUUUCGUCCAAAAUCAAAAGAAUAAAUUCGAAAGCAUGAGCCGAGCAGCUGACGGCAACUUGCGAGCGCCGGCAUCAACUUCGUGGUCGCAAGUCAACGAAAAAGCUUACUUUAAACCGCUGACGGUGGCUGCAGCACAUACCAAAGUUUCACCGACCAUUGUCGUGCAGCAGAGCAGAUCUCCGCCUCAAUCUCCUGUGAUUAUGCCGUCGGUGCUGCAGAAAUCUGAGUCUUGGCAUCAGAUGAUUAUGGAAAAAAUGAAACAAGCCAAGCCGCCGUCUCCGAUUCGGCAAAAUAUACCGAGAGCCAAAUCUACACAUAAUUUGAGCUGCAUGCCCAAGCAAUAUGAACCAGCCUUCAGUGCCCAAGAUAUCUCUGUUAAACAGCAGACUGUCGAGCAGUUUUUGAAUAAAGAUAAGCGAUCGAGGUCGCAAACGCAGAAGCAGACGAUGAUGUAUACGGCGACAGGUAGCGCUUCUGGCAUAUCCACGCAUUCUGGAACUUCUCAGGUCAAAGUUGACAAGCUGAAUGAAGAUUUUAAACACGUGGACGAAGCUUUCGAGAUACUUUUCGAAGAGGCUAGUGGCAGAAUCGCCAAUCACUAGGUCGAGUACAUACCUAUCUACCUAAUACGUACUUACAGGGUGCGCUAAAAUAUCGAGUACGUUGAAGAAUGUUCUUUAUCAAAAUACCUAUAGGUUGGCAAUGUGAAAUAGAUACAUAUGAUUGGUGGAAUAUUAUCCCCUCAUGUGCUAUAAUUAUUAUCAUUUGCUGUGACCUACCUUAAGAUUUAGCAGAAAUUUUUUUUAGGGUACUCGAUAUUUUUGCACACCCUGUAUAUGUAUCGGAUCUAUGCAGCGCACUUCGCCUUAGCAUACAGUAUUUUAGUUCGCACCUGUACCUACCUACCUAUCUACCUAACCACCCUAAACUGGACACUCGACUCGAUUCGAUAUUUGUCGCUGCUCUUAAAUUUAUCAUCAUAAUUGCAAUUGCAAAUUAACCAUUACCUACCUGUGAUGAAUUGGCUGUGAUUCUGUGAUACCUACCUACAAAAUAUACUUCUACAAUUGAAUAAGAAUGAAUGUGACGCAUUACGUGACACGCUACUGUGACUGCGACCAAAACCUACCCAGCUAAGGGGUAUCAUAGUUACCUACCUACUUGUUACCAUGCAGUAAAUUGCGGAAUUUCUUCGGCGGCGGGGCGGUGCGGUGUCAACGCAGUCAUUCACCACCGUCAGAUACAAAAAUUUGUGAUACAAGCUACAAUUCACAACCAAAGCUCGACAGACUCCAAGACUCAUUUCUAGAUGCUAGUUUACUUUUCACCUUUACAUAGAAGUGUAUGGAACCAUAUUCGGCAGAAAGAGUUGAUGCGUCGUUGUCGCUGACAACCUUUGAAACUCGCCGGCAACAGGCUGAAAGCCAGGUCACUUCCAUUUCAACCAAACAAGGAAGUACUCCGUUGUCUCGUUACGGUAUCGUAGACAUCUUCUACAUCGUUAUGAAAUGUAAAUGAACGGCGAACAUCGCUAUCUGUAAAUAAGUUCGAUUGUGAAGAAAGACGGUACUAAUGUAAUGGCAUCUGUUCCAUACCUGAGAAACGUGCUGCUGGAUAAAUCAAAACGAAACGUUUUAUUUGAAUCGACAUUGCUUGCGAAAUUGCUAUCGAUUUCAACAUCCUCGCUCUACAUAAUCUUGCAUCAUGUUCGUAUUGUUUUCUGCUUCCCAUCUAUCGAUGGUAGCUAUUGCCGAUGCUCUAGAACCAUUAGCAAAUAAUUUAGAUUUAUUCGAUCAAGUAUUAUGUUUCCAAUACGCUGCCAUUGAAAGAGGCACCGCAGUUGCUCAACAAGCUGAAAUUUUUGCUUCGUACCUAUUUCGUCAAAACGCCAGAAAGAAUUUAACGCGGAUGAGAAUCACUUCACCAUUUAGAUAAUCACGAAGCAAAAAAGUAGCAUAAAUAAUACAAAAUUUUGUUGAAAAAUAAAUGCAUUAUCACAAUA